AUGGGUGAAUCCGCUUUACUGUCAAGAUCUUUUUUAUUAUUUCGAGGCUGUGAGCUUCUCUUUGUUCUUCCCCUCUCGGAAGUACUGAGUAUAAGUGAGUAUAAAAACACUCUUAUUCAUUUUUCACGGAAAUUACUUUGUCUGCCGUUGGUUGGGCUGUUGUACUACGUAGGCGGAAAGAAAACAAUGAUAGCGCGGUAUAUUAUAUGUCUCCAAAAAACAGCACUAGUAGAAGUUAGAAGAUGGAAAGUUGAGAAGCCAAUGUCGUAUUUUGAUCCCUGCAUCAGUUCUGGCAUUGCUUUUUCAGAUUAA